AUGGCGAGCAAGCGGUCGACGCUGCGUUGUAUCCAGGGCUUGCGGUCUAAACGAAUAUUAGCGUUAGUGCCUAGUAAAAAUGCAGAGUCUGAAGUAAGCGGGUCAUCUGACUCUGAUGACGAAAGUCAAGAAAAAAGAGCCAUUGCGGAAAGAUAUGUAUCGCCAUCUUCGUCAAGUGCUCCGUCAAUCAAUUCGUCGUUAGAGAGAUUGAACAUUAGUUCACCAUUUGAAGAACUUGACGGUGACGGAGACACUAAUACAACAGGUGCCCUUCCGCAAGUUUCACAGAAUCCACCAUCCGAUACGGGAAGUGUAAACUAUGUUCAGCCACCGUCAUUAUUAAGCCUUCCUUCCGUGUCAUCAAUUCAAAAUCCACCAUCAGUGACUACCUCAUUUAUACUGGACCAAGUCGAGCCAGUUAGCCCUCUGAUUUCUAUUCCUCAAAGAUCCCGCCGCCAGUCUCGACCCACUACUCGUACGCCACGGCGUGAGUCUAAUGUUACACCCAAUACGCGAUCUAACCGUACAAAAAGGCAGACUACAGCCCCGAAACGUGUAGCCAAGAAAAAAAAAAUGAACAUUAACUUUAAAUGGACUAAAAAACAGUUUGAAUAUCGUGCAGAGUUAGGCGAUGAUAAUUUCCAAAGUCCACUUCCUGAACGCAACAAAACUGCUCUAAGUUAUUUCUUUGAUUUUUUCUCGCAGGAUAUGUUUGAACAAAUAUGCAACAUGACGAACUUGUACUCUGUGCAAAAAAGGGGUCGAUCAGUCAAUUUAACGGUCGAAGAACUAAAAAGUUUCUUAGCUAUCAAGAUUAUGAUGGGAAUAGUAAGCAUGCCAUCUUACCUUGAUUAUUUGCGCACCGAAACAAGGUAUGCACCGAUCGCAGAUAUUAUGACCCUGAAGCGAUACCAGCUAUUAAGGAGUUGUAUCCAUUUUGUGGACAACGACGAUGCCAACAAUGAUCCUUACUUUAAAAUUAGCUCUGUGGUAGAAAAAGUACGCCGAAAUUGUCUUGCUGUCGAGGAAGAAAAGCGGUUCAGUAUUGACGAAAUGACAAUACCUUACAAAGGUACGAAAGCCGGAAAAAAAAGACAAUAUAACCCAAGACAACCUAGAAAAUGGGGAUUUAAAAACAUUGUUAGAGCUGGUGCAUCAGGCUUUAUAUAUGAUUUCUUUCUGUAUACUGGUCAAGAUGAAUUUGAAGACUGCGGUUUCACUGAGGAAGAAGCAGCUUUAGGUUGGGGUGCCAAAGCAGUUUUACGACUUUGUAAAACUAUAAAAAAUAAACCUUGCGUCGUAUAUUUUGAUAACUUCUUUUCCUCUUUGGAGUUAAUAUACCAUCUGAGGCACACGUAUAGUAUUUUCAGCCUUGGUACGAUGCGGUCUAAUAGACUGCGAAACUCUCAAACUCACUUAAAGACCGACAAGGAGUUAAAGGCUCAAGGCAGAGGUGCGUUUUGCCAGACAACCUUAUCCAAACAUUGUGGAGCAUUACAACGCCCAUAUGGGCGGCGUAGAUUUAGCAGACAUGCUAGUCGCUCUCUACCGCACUGAAAUGAAAACAAGAAGGUGGUACCUGUCAAUAUUUUCACAGAUUAUUGACAUAUGUGUCAACAAUGCAUGGUUGAUGUAUAGAAGAGACAGUAAGAGAAAAGGAAUAAAGAAGUACUUAGGUUUGAAGCAAUUCCGGCUGCAGAUAUAUCAAGGGUUACUCAAAGCAGAUAAGCGAGCAUCAGGUUUAGUACCAACAGUAACGGAUGUAAUUCGAAAACCCAACCGCAUCCUUCCUGUUGAUGAUGUCAAAUAUGAUGGCUUAGACCAUUUACCAAACUUUUUGGACACAUACGGCCGGUGUUCUUACU